AUGGCUUCUGCUGAUGAAACUUCAAGAAUGUUUUUUAAAUCUAAAAAAGACCCAGCCAGAUUUUUACCACCUGGUCUGAGCUACCGGGGUAAGUUCAUUGGGAUUGAAAAUGUGGCAGAACCUUGUGGUGAUCAGUUGGAUCGAUUAUGUCAAGUUGCAAUGGCAAAGAUGAAGGCAGCCAUCAAAACAAUUGGUGACCACAAGAAGAAGAUCAUUAUCAACAUCUCAACUGAUGGACUCAAGAUACUGGAUGACAGAAAUGAGGAGCUGAUACUGGAACACGACCUCUCGCUCAUCAGUUAUGUAACGAGGGAUGUAUCAGACUCAAGAGCUUUUGGAUAUUCCGAAGGAAUAGUUUCUCAUCUGCAAGAGCUAUUCACCUACGUCAACGAAUGCAACAAACAACGACAACAACAGCAACAACAACAUCAACGGAAUAUUUGGGGCAUCACUAUCAGAAAGAUCAGCCACUCUUUCACCUCGAAAACUGCAACAAAAACGUUACAGAACAUUCCUUACCCCAACCAAACAACAUCGUCAUCGUCACCAUCACCUCUGCGGAUAACAGAUUCAGAAAAAUUCCGUCGACCAAUCAACACUCGAAGUUCAUCCUCGUCUUCCUCCUCGUCCAAUCAGAACGCGAAUUCACCACAGGGCAGUGGGCUAAUGAAAUCUCCUUUGUUCCUAUUGGCUCCUAAAAAGUCCGUAUCGUCAAUUAACUCCCUACCCGUUAUACCUUCCCCUCCCGAAUCACCCUUGUCGAACAAGGCAAAAAAUAAAAAACAAAAUGGCGGAAGGAAUGUCGAUCAAAGUCUAGCCAAUGCAAGCAAUGAAAACAUUGUCAAGACCAACAUCACCACUAGAUCUAGCAGUAGCAGCAUCAAGGGCAAGAAAGUUUUCAAAAACAGGACUAUAACUAGUUUCGAUGAGAGUGAGGAGUUUAGAAAUUUCGACGACGACGAUGGUGAUGGUGGUGAUGGUGGUGGUGAGAAAAGUUGUAAAGGAGGCAGGAGUGGUGAUGAUGAUGAUGAUGACGUUGGCGGCCAACAUGAAACGUCAUCAGACAUCAUUGUCUAUAGGCACAAGUUGCAACCAAUUCCAAACAUCAAUAGAAACUUCAAUGGCAGUCAUUUGCAUGCCAGUAAGAAAAGAAACAGAAAAAGUAAAGCUCCAACAGCUGUGCUGGAUGAGUUCAAUCAUGAGGAUAACACCGAUAAGGGCAAUGACAAUGAUGAAUUUGAUGGCGUAUCUGAUGACAAGAUGCACCACGGCGAUGACGAAGACGAUGAUGAUGAUGUUGAUAAGUCUCAUGACAAAAACAGCAGUAGUAGAGGAAAUAAUGAUAAGGUCGUCAUUAACACCAAGCCAUCAACUUAUGCAUCGUUCAACGUAGCCGGUAACAACAAUCAAGGAAAUAAUCUUCCAACUACAAAAACUGAUGACGACGACGACGAUGACGUUGCUGCAAACGAUGACGAUGACGACCAGAACUGGGCCACAUUUGACGAUUCCUACAGUUUUUCAUUCGCCAACUGCACGACAAGCCACAACAACAGCAGCAGCAACGACAACAGCAACAACGCCGACGACUGUAAGAUGAGUUUAAACGACGACGACGUAGAUCAACACCACCAGCAACAACAACAACAACAUUUUUACAACUGCCAAAACAACAACCACACAGCAACAACAACAACAACAUCUAAAACUUCUCUCUCGAACACGAAAAUGUUUCUAUCAUUUGGCGGCAUCGACCCAUUCCUUGACGAUCCCUUCUUCACGAAGAAUAUGAAAGACUUCGAGUUGGACAGCGACAUUUACAACAUUGCACACGAUCUCUCUAACUUCGCCGACAGCAAUUCGCAUGACUGUAACGACAACUCUUGGCUCUCUACUACCUCAAAUAACAACAACGACAACGAAUUUAUCAAUACUAAGCUGUCAAUAAAUAAGGAACAAACCAACAACGACUUGGAAAAAACAUCUAGUAAUAAUAUAAUCAAUGAGAGACAUUUAGUUAAAACUGAUGGCAGUAAUCUCUAUUCAAAGCCAACAACAACAUCAACUUCAAUGUCAUCUUUGGCGGCGACAAUAACAACGAUUUCAUCGGCUACAGCAUCGUCAACGUCAUCGGCCACGACGGCUGUCACCACAAAGUGGCAGUCGGCGUUCUCGGCCACACCUUCUGCUAGUGGCAGUUUUGACGAUGUUUGGGUUGAUUGCGAGCAGUUUUUCAAUGAUAGACCAACGUCAACAGUAGCAGCAACUACGCAACUCCACAGCAGCAAGUACAACAACGACAAUGUUAUUAACACUUGCAACGGUGAUUUUUUUCAUAAUAGUUUAAAUGAUAAUUUCAACAACAAUAACCAUAUUACUACUACUGCUACUGCUACUACUACUAGUACUACUAUUACUACUACUAAUAAUAAUAAUAAUAUUAAUGAUAUUAAUAAUAACCAUUAUAAUAAUGAUGAUGAUGAUAGUUCUAGUGGGAUUGUUCUAGGAUUUGAUGAUGACUUUAGAGCCGUUCUCAAGAGUGCUACUGAUGAAAGUGACACCCACAAACAAAAUUAUGGUAGCAGCAGUAGUAGUUAUAAUAAUCAUAAUAAUUAUAAUAAUUAUAGUGAUAAUUAUGAUAAUAAUAAUAAUAAUAAAUCUACUGAAGCAACGACAUCCCAACAACAAGCUCUUGAUGAUGGCGAUGUUUUUAAUCCUAAAGUUGACAAUUUUUCCAACAAAAAUAAUAACAAUUGUUGCGAUGACUUGCAUUCGUCGCAUCAACAAGAAAUUGAUGUCAGGAGAGAUGUUAACGUCGGGACUUGUAACGAGGCCGUUGAUGGCAUUAAUGAUGCUAUGAGACUUGGAAAUCAGCAAUGUGAAGAUUCCACAAUGUAUAAUUUUAAUAUUAAUGAUGGUAGUAGUGCGGCAACUGUAGGUCGCUUGACGCUUCAAGAACAUUUUAUAUUUAAUCGGCUCUCACAGCAGCAGCAGCAGUUUUUACUGCAACAUUUCGUAGGAGAUUAUACAUAUCAGUUUCAGCAGCUGUGGCCGCUGCAGCAACAACAACAGCAACCACAACUGCAACCACAACAGCAGCAACAACAACUACUACAACAACAGCAAUAUUCUCAACAACAACAAAUACUCGACAGGAGAGAUCAAUUUGAGUCAUCUUCGUUAAUAAGCACUAAGUCAACUUUACCAGCAGUACUACAAACAACAGUUACUUCACCAGCAACAACUGUGGUGACGUCACCAGCAGCAACUAUGGUGACCUCACCAGCAGCGACAGUUGUGACGUCAUCACCAACGACAGCAGCGUCUUUAUCGACCACAAUUCUGAGUGACUUUCCAUCUCCCGACAUUCCACCGCCGCCACUACCACCGGAAAUCCUCCAGCAGCCGAUCCAAACGCCACCUCCACUACCACCUCGCAAACCUCUCCACCAGAUGACACUAAUGCGUCAACCCAGAAAAAGUAAUAACACUGACAUCAAUAGAAACGAUAACAUUAAUACCGAUGUAAUGAAUUACUCCACACAAACUCUGGACCGAUCCAUUCUGCAGAGAAGGGGCGUUCAGCACGUUGACGGUGCUUCAAAUAUUAAUAACAUUGGAUUGAGAUUUGGAAGUGGUUUUGAUCAUGUUCAACCAGAUUGCAAGCAUGAUGAAAAUAUACAACAACAGAAACAACACAAGAACCCUAAUUUAGAAGCACAAAAUUUCACACAAGACAACAGCACACAGCCUCAAGCCCAGCAGUUCUUGCAGCGACAACAACGACAGCAGCUGCCAAAAAAGUACGACGUCGAAAGCAUCUUAAAACUGUAUGGAAAGCCGUUUAUAAUUUCAAAACCGACGAUAUCAGAUGAACCAAUAUAUGGAAAUUUGAGCACUGCCAGUUACAACGACAAACCUGGCUAUAGCAGGAGCGAUAAUGUCAGCCUGAACAACGAGAGUAGCACUCUUAAUGAUGAUGACGGAAGCGUCAAUAUUAUGACGUCAUCAUCGUUCUUGACGUCACCGCCAUCCUCCUCUUCAUCAUCAUCAUCAUCACAGAUUAGUUACAGUUGCAACACUCCAUACAACAUCCACUCGAGUAACAUGAUGUUCACCCACUUUCAAACAACUAUCAACAUCUUCAAUAUCACGAACGACAAUUUUAUCAGCAACAACAUCAGCAACCAAUCUUUAACCAGCAGCAAUACCAGCAACAACUCAACAUCCAACAUCAACAACAACAACAACAUCAACAAUUUAUCAGAAGCAACAACGUGUUUAAUAGAGGAUUAA